AUGUAUGAAUUUGGUCUCGUUCACAACUUGUUAAAAUGGGUCGCCGUUCAUCAGACACUGAAGAAGAGAACAGAAGCAGAAGAAAAAAGAAACCUCGAAGGAGGUCAUCUUCAAGCAGUUCCUCUGAUAGUAGAAGUUACAGUCGUAAGAAAUCAAGAAGGAAGUCAAGAUCGCGUUCUCGAGAUCUCCAGUUUCGUUCACAUUCAUAUGAAAAGAGGCACAGACAUCGAUCUAGUAGUAGCUCUUCAUAUGGAUCCAAGAGAAAACGGAGCCGGAGCCGAUCAGGAGGACGAGGAAAAUCAUAUCGGUCUCAGAGAUCAAGAUCAAAAAGCAGAACAAGAAGAUCACACUCCAGACCUCAGCAACGUUCCUAUAGCCGAAGCAGUGAAAGGACCAGUCACAGAAGAACACGUAGCAGAUCUCGUGAUAAAGAAAAACGUAAAGGCAGAGAUAAAGAAAAGGCAAGGGAGAAAGAAAGGGCCAGAGGGAAAGAGAAGGACCAGCAGUACAGCAAAAGUGGUUACUAACUAUGAGAACGGAGAGAAGAGUUGGUUGUCCUGGCCUGUUUCUAAACUUAUGGAUGCUGGAAACGUCAAAGCUGGAUUAGAACAUCUGUCUGCUGCAGAACAGGCCAAGGCUAGAUUGCAGUUGGUUCUUGAAGCUGCUGCUAAAGCUGAUGAAGCAUUAAAAGCUAAAGAGAGGAGUGAAGAAGAAGCAAAGAAGAAAAAGGAAGAAGACCAAACCAGCCUCGUAGAGCAAGUGAAACGAGUAAAAGAAAUUGAAGCAAUUGAAAGUGACUCCUUUGUUCCUCAGACAUUCAGAUCAAGUAAAGAAGUCAAAAAGACCACAGAACCUGUGGAAGUCAAAGGUGAACCUGCAAUAGCAGAAAUGGGAAAUGUUGGUCUGACUGCUACUGAAAAAGAAACAGUGGCUGGAAGUAUUCCUACUGCUAUCAAAUACCAAGAUGAGAACUCACUUGCCCACCCUAAUCUCUUUGUUGACAAGGCAGAAGCAGAAGAACGAUGGUUCCAGAGACUGAUGGCACUUCGACAAGAGAGGCUAAUGGGUAGUCCUGUGGCCUGAGUAAAUAGCCUAUCCAAUUUCAUUGUCUUCUGUGCUAUGAAAUUCCAGUGAUAACAUUGGAUGAAUGUCCGAAUAAAUAUGGCCUAUGAAGAAAGGAAAAAUUUAA